CUGCGCAAGGAGGUCACACGGAAGUGUCAAGCGGUUCGCCUUCCUCGCUGGGCCCGCCGUCCCACCUGGAGGCUUUUGUUUCUGUGUCUUCCUGUAGAAAGGCGCUCCAGCCAAGCCACAGGUUCGGCCUGGGGGGUUACGUCCGCAUGACUUCCCAACUCCGGUAACAGACUUCGGAGUCCCCCCAGGCCGGGCCCCCUGGGGCCGCAGCCCGGCGUGCGCCGUUCCCCGCCGGGAUUGGCUGGCGCGGCGGGGGCGAGCGGACGUCACACUGGAACGGUUCGUCGCGCUUGCCUCCCGACGGGGGAUUCCAUAGGAAAGGUUGGAAAGUGUUCUUCUCCCUCCCGCGAAACCGGUGCGGGGGGGUGGAAGCACGAGAUCCUUAUUGUGGGUAUAAGAAACUGCGUGGACCCUGGAAGUGAGCACGCUUUUGCGAUUCAAAGAGUUUGGCGCGUUGUUUUGAGAAGCCUUCCAUCAUUCAACAGUUAGGAACAAGAAAUAUCAAAAAAUUUGGUGAUCACCUUCAGAUCCUGUAUAUUUUGACAUGGAUGUUUCUCAUGAAAAAUUAGAAAGCAUGUCAGAAGUGGAUGCCAUGAAUUUUACCAGUCUUUCUCAAGAUUUAACUCACUCAAAUUCUCCCUCCUGUAUGGAAACCAGCAAUACGACUUCAGACUUGUCUCAGAAUGAAAUAAAGAAUGUAAAAAAGGAAAAUGAGUCUAAAAUCACACUUUCUGAAGAAAUUUAUAGCACACUAGAUGAUGUGUUAGGUGAUGUCAACAGUGGAAAUUAUUCACAGGAUAUGCUAACUCGGCCAAUUGACACCAGCAUUUCUUCCUUCAGACAAUGUGAACCCAUUUUCAAAUAUCAUCAGACGAAAGCAUUUAAUGAUAAAAUGCUAACAUUUCAAAAUCUGAUAGGCAACUUACCUUACACAGAGAAGCCAGAAUUGCAAAGUCAUGUAUAUAAUUAUGCAAAAGACAACAAUAUUAAGGAAGAUUCAUUUAAAGAAGAAAAUCCAGUGGGAACUAGUACUUCCACAAAUGAAGACCAACUUUCUCAUGAAUGUGAGUGGCAACCUCCUAGAAGCCCAUCUGAAAUCCACUGCAGUAGAGAGACACUGAAAUUUAUUGAAAUGCCACUAGCUGAAAAUACUGCCAAAGAAUCUACCCUCAACUCUGGUCAACCUGAAAACUUGUGUAAGGAAUAUUUAUACAACAAUGUUGAAAAACCAUUUUAUCAAGAGAAUAGCUUUAACCUGUAUGAUCUGAGAGCUGAUUAUGAAACAAAGGAGGUUGCAGUUUCUUCAAAGGGGAUACAGAAUUCUAGGGACACUCCUGAGAUGUCAGUCAGUCACCAAAAGGAAGUCACAGUGGAGAACAUGGAAAGUCCAGGGAUUAUGUCAACUCAUUCUCCUGCUGGCAUUUCUUGGAGUUGUGGAGCAUCUUGGGAGGACUGCAAAACACAUGACACAGAGCAAGACUUGGAGUGCUUACAACCUCUGGAAGAGGAUAUGGCUUUAAAUGAAGUUUUACAGAAAUUAAAACAUACUAACAAAAAGCAGCAAACUCUGAUCCAAAAUUUGCAGUGCACUAACAUGUAUUUAGAGAAGAAGGUUGAAGAACUGCAGGUGAAGACUAACAAGCAGCAAGUGUGCAUUGGCUUCAUAAAUAAGCUAAAGGAGAAUAUCGAAGCAUUAAUUGAAGACAAAUACAGUGUAAUGCUAGAGAAGAAUGAAACAGACAAGACUUUGCAGAAUUUACAUGACAUUUUAACUAACACCCAAAGACAUCUUCAGGAAUCUAGGAAAGAAAAGGAAACCUUACAAGUAGAGCUUAAGAGGACCAAGGAAAAUUAUGUUUGUCUAAAGGAAAAGUAUAUAACUGAAAUGCAAGAAAAAAACAAAAUUGUUAGUCAGUACACAGAGGUGAACAAAGCCUUAAGCAAGAAAGAAGAAGAGGUGGAGAGGCUGCAACAACUCAGAGGAGAGUUGGAAAACGCCACCACUUCUGCUUUGGACUUAUUGAAAAGGGAAAAAGAGACCCAAGAACAAGAGUUCCUGUCUUUACAGGAAGAAUUUCAGAAACGUGAAAAGGAAUACUUGGAAGAAAGACAGAAACUGAAAUGUAGACUUGAGAAACUGGUAGCUCAACUUAAAAAUGUGCAAUUUAUAUCUGAAAGUGAAAGGGCUAAGAAUACAAAACUUGAGCAGCAAAUCAACGAAGUAAAAAAUGAAAAUGCAAAACUUCAGCAGCAGGUUGCCAGGAGUGAGGAGCAAAAUUGUUUCCCUAAAUUUGAGAUAGCUCAGUUAAAGGAGCACUUGGAGGCAGUAAUGAAGUCAGAUAUCACAAAGGAUGCGAAGAUAAUGCAGUCUAAUUGCUCACCUUGUAAAGAAGAGAGCCCAAAUCCCCCAGAUGUGAAAACAACUUCUCAGCCGCCUUUCAAAAUUCACUAUCUUCUGGCUCUGAUGGCAAGCCUUCUCACAAGCCAGGAUAUCAGCAAUCCUGAUGCUGAACAUUUCAAAGAGAGUGAGAAAGUUAGUGAUACAAUGCUGCAAAAGUUGAAGAACUUUCAUCUUAAAAAGAAAAAUUUAGAUGAAGAGGUUACAGACUUUGAUUCAAAUGAAACCAAGAAUGUCAGAGAUCCUACCUUAUUGGGAGCCAAACUGGAUAAGUACCACAGUCUAAAUGAAGAGCUUAAUAUCUUGAGAAUAUAUCUUCAGUCCUUAGGCUUUAGCCCCUUACAUGGGCUUUGGUAGAGGUCAUGGGGCAGCACCCAAAGAUCUAAAUUUGGGUGGGGUGUUCAGUCCUUCCGGGCUUCAGGAAAAGGAUUCCUGACCACUUUGCCGUGAAUGGCACAGCUCACACAGUGGUGGAGUUUCACAUACAGCUUAGGAAACGCUUAGGUGUGAGGACACUGGCUUUGAAAAUGGCCCUAAAGCCUGUGGCUGAGGCCCCGACUGUUUGGAAUGCUGAACUUCCUAAUGGCCUUGUCCUUGGGCACACAUUUAAGCAAAGUUGGUGCAGUGAAAAGGCUGCACAUGGCUGUGGCCCUUUUUGGCAUGACCAUUGUUCCUUCUUUUCUUGGUCAUCUUGGAAGAGAGGACCCAAAAGAGCUCCACUCACCUUUAAAAGAAGAAAACAUCCAUUGCUGUGAAAGCUUAAAAUUUUCUUCUUUUCUAAUUAAUUUUUUUUUAUUAAAUGAGUAAUUAUUGACUUUCCACAAAAGGUUAAAUGCUAGUCACUGUGGAGAUAGAAAGCUAAGUCAAACAUAGCCCUGCUUCGAAGGAAUCUAGGCAAGAAAAUAAAAUACAUAAAUAAUUAUUUACAAAGAGUAAAGGAAAAGUUUCUUGAAAAGAGAUAAAGUGACUCACAUCUAAGAGGAUGUUGUUUGUGAGAUGACUGGAAUUCAGAGGAGGAAUAGAUGAUGGCCACGUCGGAGAAUCAUGGAAGACUUUGUGAAGGGGAUGGAGUUGGGCCUUGAAGACUAAUAAAAUUUGAGCAUAGGGAUAUAAGUGGAGAGCACUCAGUAAAUUCUGUCAUUCAUUAGCAAUUCUGUGCUUCCGACAUACAUGAGAUGAGAGUGGACCUUCAUCUUUCCAGCACUGGGAAGCUGGAAUGAGAAAAAGGGCACAAAUGGGAGAGUCAGACAUACUGUGUCACUUUUAAAAUGUGCCCCAGUCUUUCUUAUACAAACUAUCUCAUAAAUAAUCAAUGAGGGAGAGAGUUCUUCAUUGAAAACAGAAGAAAAGAUGCAUUUAUAAAAUUAUAUUUUGCAUCCCUGAGUAAAAUAAGGAAUCUAGGCUGUUAUAAUGGCUGCGAAAACCUUAAGUUUAAGACUGACAGGGAGCAUUUAAUGAAUAGGUCAAACAGACAAACACCUGAGCCUGCUGAUCAAUUUCAACCCCACUAGAGGUGAGACAAGCAAACCUGGGCCUCCUAACCUGAUGCAGGAGGAUGCACACAGCAUCUCUGAAGUAGUCUCACCAAAGCACUGGAUGUGAAAGCCAGCUGCUAGACCUAGCUACCAGUCAACAGUGGAUAAAGAGACAUUAAAUGACACCAUGAAAACAGACCCCGAAUGUGAAAAAUUCUAACCAGUAAACAAUUGGCAUGAGGAAAGAGAGGGAGAGGAAUAGCUAUUAUAGACUAAAGGAGAUUAGAGACAAAUCAACCAAAUGGAGCAUGUGAGACCUGUGUAUAUCCUGAUUUGAACAAACCCACUAUAAAAAGAUAUUUGUGAGCCCUAGCCAGUUACGCUCAGUAGAUAGAGCGUCGGCCUGCAAACUAAUGGGUCCUGGGUUCGAUUUUGAUCAAAGGCACAUGCCAGGGUUGUAGGCUUGAUCCCCAGUAGGGGGCAUGCAGGAGGCAGCCAAUCAGUGUUUCUCUCUCAUCAUUGAUGUUUCUAUCUCUCUCCCUU